GUCGCUGUUAACUCAGGGUUGAGAUAGCGAGCCCGGAAUUUUUGGCGCAAAAUCCAUCUGUACAUUUGUCUAAAUAGAGUUUUGGCAUCAAAGCUGAUUUCAGUUCGUGAUGAAAACCCUAAAUCUAAUGUUUCACCCUAGCCAUAAACUUUAAAUCAUAAUUCUAACUGGUUUAUAAGCCUCGUUCGGUCCUAAUCAGUAGGUGUUCUUUCUCAAGGUUACUUAAGCGUCGUCCAUAAAACAGUCUCACCACUUACAUAACCUUUCUGUCUUCGCUUCCUCUUUCAUGUAAUAAAAGUGGCCUUUCGUGGUUGACUCCUAAACUUUGGGACCUUUUCCACUAAAAUUAGACGUUAAAAGUUUCCAUGCUAGUAGAUGUUUAUAAUAAUAAUUAAUAAUUCUAAUAGUGUUUACAAUUCACAAAUAGGAUUACUUUCUAUACUGUCGUAGAAUUAAAACAACUUUUUUUGGCAGCCUUCGUCAACGUUAAUUUGACCUCUAAAUCCGGUUUUACUAUAUCAGAUAAAAUAGUCAUAGCUUGUGAUUGGUUGGUUAUCAAUCAGCUUAGUUAUCAUUGACAUCUAAAAAAUAAAUGUAUCUCAAGCAUCUGAUUGUUGAAGGCAUUUAGCGCUUCCAAUUCUUCAGGGAACUUAGCAAUAUCAUCUGUCUCACAUUCACUGGCAUUUCAGCAACGGUGGUUGGAAGUUUGUUCAUAUUUACAUUUAUUUUUUAGUAAACUAUGAGACUGAAUGUUGCUUCAAAGCAACCUUACUCAUCCCAAAUUGCUCUGCUACUUUGCAUCGAAGUGCCGGAUGACAAUAACUGCUUUGCUUGGACUUAUACAAAGUUUUAGAAAUGACAGUUAUUUUCCAAUUGAAGAGUCUAGAGUUUCUGAUAGCUUAAACUUAGGGUAUUCAGCUUGACUGUACCCAGCCUACAUUUCUGCGACAUCCAAGUUCAAAGGAUCAUACAAGUAAUCAGACUUUCUGUUUCUGCCAACAAUGAGCGGAAAUAACGCACUUGCCGUUUAGAUUUAUCUGUGUACAGGGACAAGGUGCUCGCAUUAUAGCAGUUAUUGUAUCCAGUGGCUGGACCAGGUCAGACGCACAACUGAAAUCAUCUAUAGGAUAAUGAUUAGCCCCAAAUGUCCUGGUACGGCCGAGAGUGGGGAGCGUCAGCUCUUUCUCUCUCGAGAUGCUCUCACAUAGCCACGUGCAUACAACUACUACCAGGGAAAUCCUACUCACUGCCUUCUCGCAUCGGGAGUAUUGUUUACGGAGUUGAGAUGAAAAGAAUGUUCGGGGCUUUAACCGGGUUGGUGAAUAUGGAGGAUCUAUCUAUAUGAGUUGAAAAACCCUGAUUUCAAACUAAUGGUGCACAUGGAAUUCAGGAUCUUGAAAAGACAAAUGGAGUGUGAACCUAUCGUUGGUCAUUGGCUACCAUGAGACUGCAUCUCCUUACGUUUCCCCCACUGCCUUGUGGAUUAGACGUUUAGGUCAAAGGCUCGAGACGUGGCCCCCUAAGAAAACCGCCUGUUUCGGUUCGGGCAACCGGGCAGUAUCUCACCCCUCACGCAAAUCGAAUGAUUUUUGUGGCGUAUAUCUAUUUGGUGCUUCCCUGUACUUAUGUUUAUGUUUAAAUAAAUAAAAUAAAUAAUGCUUUUGUAAAAAUGUAAAACUUUAAAACAGAACGUUUAACAAUCGGCUAACUGUCGUCUAUAUCCACCUUGUUCGUUAACUCGACAUUCAGGUAAAUGUAUUUCUGAUUAAUAAGGCACUUGAUCACUGCAACAAGGAUCUCUUUUCUAACCAAUCCAUUACUUAGUCUGCUUCAAGAGAGUUUUCUAGUUGAUAAUAUUGAAACGCUAGUUAACUACGAUUCUGAAUGAUGUCAACCGAGUAUCUUUGCAAGUAAUAACCUAGUUCUUAAAGUCGUGCUGUAUUUUUCAUGUCUUCUGUUUUUCUAAAAUUUCAGACCUUGUGAUAUCCUCAAAAAGUGUAAUGAAGUUGGCAUUUGUAACUGGGUCAAACAAGGGCAUUGGAUAUAGCAUUGUUGAAAAGCUUGCAGAGUUUUACGGGGCAUCAGGAGAGUGGGAUAUUUAUCUAACAGCUCGAAAUGUUGAGCUUGGUCAGGAAGCUGUGAAGAAGCUCAGUAACAAGGGUUUGGAUGUAAAAUUCCAUCAACUAGAUAUAACGGACCAAAAUAGUCGAAAAGCGUUCCUGACAUUUGUAGAGAGAAACUAUCCUAAUGGAAUCAACAUUGCAGUGAACAAUGCUGGAAUUGCCUACAAGGCUAACUCCACGGCUCCCUUUGGCGAACAAGCACGAGUUACGGUGAACACCAACUUUACAUCAACUAUUGAUUUCAUGGAGGAGUUUAUUCCUUUGCUGGCUAAACAUGCUAGGGUUGUCAAUGUAUCUAGUUCUAUUUCUCUGACCAGUCUCAAGAAACUUAGUGAUGGUCUGUACGGAAAAUUCGUUAGUCCAAUAAGUCUUUUGGAACUUCGAAAGCUCGUCUCCGAGUUUGUAAAGUUUGCUGAGGAUGGUACUUAUUCUGAAAAAGGUUGGCCAUCAAAUGCUUAUGGUGUGUCUAAAAUAGGCCUUACAAAGGCCUCAUUUAUUUUUGGUGAAAUGCUGAAAGAUGAUCCAAGAGAGAUUGUGAUAAAUUCGUGUUGUCCUGGUUAUUGCGAUACUGAUAUGACUAGUCACAAGGGAACCAAAACAGCCGAUGAGGGUGCUGAUACACCUUUCUAUUUGGCCACUUUACCUGUUGGAUCAAAGGAGCCAAUUAAUCAAUUCGUUUACGAAAGGAGGGUGAUUAAGUGGUCCAAAUGACCUUCAGGCUACUUUUACGUUUCUCAGAAAUGUGAACAGGAUGUUAUUAAAUCUCAGUAAUAUUGACUAUCUGAAUCACAAUAUUUUCUCAAUGUUAUUCCUCUACGAAUAGAAAUGUUCCUUAUCUA